AUGGCAGAAUCAUUUCUUUUCGAUAUUGCUAAUUCACUCCUAGGGAAGCUUGCUUCUUAUGUCUAUGAUGAAGCUUCUCAAGCCUUUGGAGUGUAUAAAGAUCUACAAAGGAUCAAAGACACUUUGUCAAUUGUUAAAGGUCUGCUACUGGAUGCUGAGUAUAAGAAGGAUAAACAACAUGGUGUGAGUGAAUGGCUGAGACAGAUUCAAAACAUCUGCUUAGAUGCUGAAGAUGUAUUAGAUGGAUUUGAGUUCCAACACAAGAGGAAACAAGUUGUGGAAGCUUCAGGAAGCACGCGGGUGAAGGUACGCCACUUCUUUUCUUCCUCAAAUCCACUUGCUUUCCGUUUUAGCAUGGCACAUCAAAUCAAAAAGAUUAGGGAUAGAUUGGAUAAGGUAGCAGCUGAUGGGACCAAGUUUCGUCUUGCGAAAAUUGAUGAUGCUCCUGAACUUCUAAGGAGAGAAUUGACUCAUUCCUAUGUUGAUGCUUCAAGUGUAAUUGGGAGGGAGAAUGAUAGGGAAGAAAUUAUCAAGCGUCUGAUGCAACCACAUCCUCAGAGUGAUUGUGGUGAUGGUGGUAAAAGUUUGUGUGUUAUUCCAAUUGUGGGAAUGGGAGGCUUGGGGAAGACUUCACUUGCUAAGUUGGUGUUCAACGAUAGAAGGAUGAACCAACUUUUCCAAAUGAAGAUUUGGGUGUGUGUCUCUGAGGAUUUUGACAUCAAGCAGAUACUUAUUCAAAUCAUCAACUCAGCUUUGGUUUCUACUGUUCCAUCUGCUUCAGCUCUAACUAACGUGCUUUCUCACCAAGAAAACAUUACAAACUUGAAUAUUGAGCAGCUACAAAGCCGUCUUAGAAAUAAACUUCAUGGUCAAAAGUUUUUACUCGUGUUAGAUGACGUUUGGAAUGAUGACCGUGCAAAAUGGAUUGAGUUGGAAGAUUUGAUAAAGUCCGGCUCAGCAGAAAGCAAAAUCAUUGUGACAACGCGUAGUAGCUCUGUUGGUUCAAUGAUGGGUACUGUUCGCUUGUAUGUCUUGGAAGGUCUUUCUAUAGAGAAUUGCUUAUCCUUGUUUGUCAGAUGGGCAUUGAAGGAAGGGGACGAAAUUAAAUAUCCAAAUCUAGUGGAAAUUGGUAAAGAAAUUGUGAAAAAAUGUCAAGGGGUUCCACUAGCCGUGAAAACAUUAGGAAGUUCUUUGUUUUCAAAACUUGAUUUAGAUAAGUGGAUACUUGUAAGAGACUCCGAGAUAUGGAACUUAAAGCAUAGGAAAGAUGAUAUUUUGUCUGCUUUGAAGUUAAGCUAUGAUCAAAUGCCAUCCUAUUUGAGGCAAUGUUUUUCUUAUUUUUCCCUUUAUCCCAAAGACUUUACCUUCAAUAGUUUUGAAAUUAUUAUUCUUUGGGUAGCACUUGGAUUAGUUCAAUUCCAGACAGGAGGAGAAAAGGUAGAGAAUGUAGCAAGAGAAUAUAUUGAUGAGUUAAAUUCAAGAUCAUUUCUUCAGGAUUUCGAAGACUAUGGCUUCUAUUGCAAGUUCAAGGUACAUGAUCUGGUGCAUGAACUUGCACUAUAUGUUGCAAAAGAGGACUUUGCGGUGAUAGGCACGCAAACUCAAAGUAUAUUUGAUCAUGCAAGACAUUUAUCAAUCGUUGACGAUAAUUCAUGUGGCCGUGUUUUGUUUCCGAAGUCUAGGAGUGUAAGAACUAUACUAUUUCCCAUGGAAGGGGUAGGUCUUGCUGAUGAAACUCUAUUAUAUUCACUGGUAUCAAGAUACAAAUACUUAAGGUAUUUAGAUUUAAGUGAUUCUUCAUUUGAGUUCCUACCUAAUUCAAUUGCUAAAUUGGAGCACCUUCGAGUUCUUGAUCUUUCCGGUAACUGCAAAAUAAAAUAUCUUCCCCAUUCUAUAUGGAAACUCCAAAAUUUGCAAGUUUUGGCACUUGGUGGAUGUACAGAACUUGAAACACUUCCUAAAAGAUUAGGGAAGAUGAUCAGCCUGCGACAACUGAUUAUAACAAGUAAACAAUCUGACCUUUCAGAGAAUGAAUUUGCAAGCUUAAACCAUCUUCGAAUUUUGGGUUUUCAUUAUUGCCAGAAUUUGAAGUAUUUGUUCAAAUACAACCAACUCCAGUCCCUUGAAACGUUGUUUGUUAUAUCAUGUGGGAUCUUGGAGUUACCUCUUUAUAUGUUCCCAAAUUUACAGACUCUGUAUAUUAGUGACUGUAAUAACUUACACUUGUCAGCCUACAGCAGAAAAUCCGUCCAAACAUUGAAGAUGAAAUAUCUACAUCUCGAGGGCUUUCCCGAGCUAUCCACAUUGCCUGAUUGGAUUGCAAGUGCCAAAGACACUCUAGAGACCUUGAUUAUUGUCAAUUGUCCCAAUCUAAAGAAGUUUCCUAAAUGGCUAAUAAAUAUGUCGCAUCUUAAGAGGCUCUAUAUCAGUGAAUGUCGUCUUCUUUCGAGGAUUGUGCUUCCAGGUCACAUGUUUUACCUCACCGCCCUUGAAAAUUUGCACAUAGAUGGUUGUCCUGAUUUGUAUCGACAAUAUCAACCACAAUGUGGUGUGCAUUGGUACGAGAUUGCUCACAUCAAAAGUGUUUACAUCGGAGAACCAAGAGGAGAAGAGGAAUGA